AUUGUGGGUCUACCUAUACCAAAUGAACGACAGCAGUUGGAGAAAACAGAUCAUCGCCACAUUCUCACGGGCAACCAGGGCUGACCAUACUUGCUAACUUUCAUUCAGUAACUCUUCCAAAUUCCAACCAGUUUUGCUCUGGGUAUGGUCUUCAGGUUUUCAACUGUUGAUAGGCUGAAUGGCUCAUAUUUGCAGAGUUUAUCCCACUCCCUUUUUGUGAACAUUUCCAAUCCUAUGGACCUCUGAUAUCCCUUCCUUUUACAGGGAAGAUAGCAAGAUUAUGACCAGAGGAUCCAAAUUUUAUUGCCAACCUUUUAACUACUUUCUUUAUUUUGUCUAAUCCAAUGUUGGCAUUGCUCUUAGUCGAACACGUGUGACUUAUUGUAAUCAACCCGUUCAGCGAUGUUGUCGCCAACAUCUAUGAAGCGGUUGGGACUUGAACCGAAUCUCCUAGCUCAGAGGAGUCAUAUUUCCAUUAAGACCAGGAUAGCUGCUAACUGGGAACACUGUUCAAAAUUGCAUCCAUUCUGUGCUGCUGCCAAAAUGUCUACACCGCGACUUCAACGUACAAUGUCCCGAACAGGUGAAAGUUUAUACAAAUCGCUAGGAUUGGAGAAAGGUGCUACGCCAGAGGAGAUUAAAAAAGCAUAUCGAAAGCUUGCUCUCAAGUAUCACCCAGACAAAAAUCCAGACAAUCCUGAUGCAUCAGAAAAGUUCAAGGAAAUAAACAAUGCCAAUGCUAUUCUGAAUGAUGAUAAUAAGAAACGCAUCUAUGAUGAGUAUGGUUCAAUGGGACUGUAUGUGGCUGAACAAUUUGGAGAAGAGAGUGUCAAAUACUACUUUCUGAUGAACAAAUGCUGGUUUAAGGCUGUUCUCGUAUGCUGUGGCAUUAUCACUGGAUGCUGUUGUUGCUGUUGCUGUUGCUUCUGUUGCGGAAAAUGCAAACCAUCAGGAGAAAUGGAAGAUUACGAUGUUAUUAAUCCUGAAGACCUAGAGGCACAGAUUAGAGCAGAGCAAGGGGCAGACGGUGGUAAGUUUAUACAAAUGGACAUUAUUUGUUAGCUGUUAAUUGAUCUUUGAUUAUAAUUUACAACAGAUUUACAAACCAAUUUAGCAAGAAGGCUUUUCAAAGAAUGUUGCCAAAUGAAUUCUUUUGUUUAAAAUUAGCUGACCCUUUUUUGUUUUGUAUCAUUUGAACUGUAAAUAGUAUGUGUCAGGUCAAUAUGCUUAAUGAUCAGGUCUAUUAAUCAGUUUUUGAAAAUGUUAAAUACGAUGGUUCAAACACUGCAAAUAGUUAUAUAAAUAGUACCCAAUGGCUACCAAAUGACAACAUUUUAUCUUCAGUUUUCAACUGUGCUUUAGAUAGUUCAAUGGUUUUUGUUAAUGUACAGAAGUACCUAGAAUUUUUUUUCUGAAUGGGACCCAUGAGUUUAAGAACAAAUCCUGCUUUGUACUGUAAAUCAUUUCACAGUUUAAUGCUAAUGUUGUACUGCAAUCACAAUUUUGUAUUGCUGACCUGUAGACUUUCAAGCAUGUGUUUUAAAAGCUGACAUGACAUCCAAGACUGUUUGAUAUUGUCAGUGGUGGGGUAGAAUAUUCUUCUUUUUAAAUUUCUUUACUUCAGGUGACAACAUGUUUCAUGGUUGAAUUGAUUGAAAAGCAUGUGGUAAAAUUAAUUUCCAUUAAAUCCAGCUCUUACUAGCAGUUAACAUCAGAUGCUCAAACUUGAGAGUAAAACAGUUGAUAUUUGAGCAGGAUCUGUGUAAUUCUACAAACUAGUGUAUUAGCUUCAAUUUUUUUGGGGUCACAAUAUUAGUCAGGAAGGAAGAUUGAAUGCAAUGUUUUCACCACUCGUCACGGUAGAAUGGGCUUUUACCAAUGGUCAAGGGCAAACUUGCAUGACAGCGAUGAGUAACAAUCAAAACUGGACCCAGGAAUGAAUAGCCCAAUCAUUAGAAUCUUUUGCUUGGAAAGCUUCUCCAUAUUCCAAGAUGAGCAGUUGACAAGACUUCAGAAGAAACAUUUUGUCACUCCAUUUAAAUGAAUAUUUGUUUUCACAGUUAAAAUUUAAAUGUUUGACCAAUGGUCUUGUUGUUAACAAUUUUGCAACCCAGAGUAAGCAUCAUAUGGGACGGAGUUAAAAGAUUUUUUUAUAUCAGAAUUCCUAAACUUCACAUUCAGAUUUCUGCACAUGUUGACUAUUGAGCAAUAAUUGUCCACAAAUAUUUUACAGUAUCUUGCUGGGUGCAAUUUGUUAAAUAUAUUGAUAUAAACAAUAAAUCGUCCUGUGAUUUA